AGACGCUAAUCGCGUGUUCUGAUUCGCCCGUCCCCUCCCACUGUUUGCUUAAUUUGGCACCGACUCGGAUGGUGAUUUACGGUGGUUUUUAUCGACCUGCAAAAGUCAUGAGUCAUUUGUCGGGAGACAAUCUGCAAAUUUCACACUGCCAAAGUGUGUACGAUUACGCGAAUUAAUUAGCGGGUGUCAUGUCACCACAAUCGCUCAACUAUUAUCAGGCAUCUGCUGUCUUUCCAAAGUGAGUGAAACUACCGGAUUGUUGUUUGGAAGCGCUCAUGUCGUUACUUUGUGUAAGAGUGAAAAAAGCCAAGCUGCACGGACCUUCAGACAAAUUCAACACUUAUGUUACACUGAAGGUGCAGAAUGUCAAAAGCACGACAAUCACCGUGCGAGGGGAUCAGCCCUCCUGGGAACAAGAUUUCAUGUUUGAGAUCAACCGGUUGGAUCUCGGGCUCAUUGUUGAGGUGUGGAACAAAGGUCUCAUCUGGGACACCAUGGUGGGGACAGCCUGGAUUCCUUUGAAGCGUAUUCAACAAUCAGAGGAGGAGGGCCAAGGUGAGUGGCUUCUCCUGGAUGCAGAGGUCCUGAUGAAAGCAGAUGAAAUAUAUGGCACCAAAAACCCGACCCCUCAUCGACUCUUACUGGACACUCGCUUUGAGCUGCCAUUUGACAUCCCAGAAAAUGAGGCACAGUACUGGACAGACAAACUGGAACAAAUCAAUUCCAUGGAAAUCCAUGAUGAGUACACUCUCGCGGAUGAAAUCGACAGUCCUCCAUUGCCCCCCACAGCUUCGCAGUGCUCUUUGGAUGACCAGGACAGUGCAGUAGAUGACCGGGAUAGCGACUACCGCAGUGAGACUAGUAAUAGUUUGCCGCCACGUUAUCAUACUACAGCUCAGCCCAACUCCUCCGUGCACCAGUAUCCCAUUGGGCCUCGGCCACACCACCACCUAGAUUCAUGCACCGACUCCCUACACAGUUUUGAACUGGAUUACCGAGACCAGAGAAGCAGAUCACUGAAUGAAAAAGGGCGCGUCAGAAUUAUACCAGUAGAUUCUGGCAUGGGUUAUGACGAUUGGGAACCUAAAUACAAACGCCGAGGAAAGCCUCAGCUCAGUGACUUUUUUGAUGAUCAGCGAAACACUGCUCAAAUGGCAAAGCCUUACCGUGAACCAACAAUCUCAGCCCUUCGAAAUACUCCACAAAUGCCCAUAAUGUAUCCUGAGGGCUAUGACACGAUCGAUCGGCGGAGAAAGAAAAAAAUCAGGGACACGGGAAGUUUUCUCAAUAGAGAGGCACAACAAUUGGGCGAAGAGGCUUUCCCCCUUGAUAUUGGGAUACUCUGUGGGAAAAGAGCGAUGCAGGAAGAGGGGCAAGGCAUGGCAUCCUGUCCCCAGCAAUACCGAAAUGGCCUUCUCUAUAAAACAAGAAUGUGGGCUAAAAAUGAACUGGAUGCUACCUUAGAAAAUUAUGCGGCUUACAAAAAGAAGCAAGAUGAAAGUAUGCAAUCACAGUCUGAUUUUGAUUUGAGGUUUUCUAUGGACCAGCACAAUUUUUUCAGGGCAGAAAAGGAUUUUGAUGAAAGUCCGUUUUCUGCAGAAGAAAUGCCCACAGUGAUAUCAAGACACAGAAGAGACAAAACAUUCUCCUACUCUAAUGAAAUGGACAAUUCUCCGGGAUUUCAGGAAAAGUGCAGAAAAUCUAAAACUGGUGGAUGGGUACCCGAAGCAGUGCUUUCACCCGUAGAAGAACCGAGUGAAGAAUAUGUAGACCCAAUGGAUGAGCUACAGUGUCUAGUCGAAACAGUUUCCGAAUAUCUUGCUGAAAAAGAAGAGGAAAUUAGUAAAUAUGGUUCUCUUCCUAAAUCAAGCAAAUCAAGGCUAUCAUCUCAAGGAAGCAACAAAACGGAUUCUGCUGGAGAUGACCCCAACAAUUUCAGCGAUUCCAGAAGUGAAAGUCAAUCACACACUCCUGCUGGAAUUUCAGGUGUUAAAAAUGCUGUGAGCUCCCUAUUCAGUCAUCUCUCGGACAGAGUUGUUGGGGGCCCCAAACAGUCUGCCACUGAUACAAAACCGUCGUCUGUGCAGCCGCCGCAGUCUGGCAUAACAAAACUGCUGUCCUUUAUUCCUAAAUCAAGCAGCUCUACUCCUGUAGCUGUUGUUUCUCCAGUGGAGCCAGUUUCUGAAAAUGUGUUCCCGCUGCCUUCACAACCACCCUGCAAGGCCAAGAUGCAAAGUGAAAUUGACAGACAAGCUUAUGCAGGUACUCCUGAUAUAAAGGCGCCCAAACACGAUUUAGGAUCAAAACCUCAAGCUCCAGGAAUCUCUGUUUUGGAAAAAAUCAAUCCUUUAAAGCUGCUUUCGUCAAGAGAUGGUCCAAGCUCAGGUGAACAUAAGGGACAGGCAAAGCCAACAUAUUAUCAAAGUGAUUCACAUCUUGAUCAUAGUCCUGUUUAUCAAGAUACACCACCUAUGGAAGGCAGUCUAACAAAGGACAGUGUGUCUUUUGUUGAAUCUGCAAAGGCUAAUGGUGAAAUACAAUCCGAAAGCACCAAUUUCUUUAGUCUAAGAAAGUCAGUGAGUUCACUGAUAUCCCCUUUUACCCCCAUCCCAGCUCACAAAGCCCCACCUGUGGCAGUAUAUCCAGUAUUUAGGCCGUCCGAGGAGCCGGGACUUCAGAAGCAGUGUAAUGGUCCAUUAUCAAAUUCGAAGCUUAAACUGCCUUCGCUGUCCUCUGAAAAUGUAUCAACACAGCAACAAACAAAAACAGACAGAGGAGUGUUUUCUGGAUUUUUAAAGUUUGCAUCCAGUGAAGAUGUCUGUUCUCCCGGAAACACAAAAAAAACAGAGCAAUCACACCAACAGUCAACUUCUUUAACAUCUACUGCAUUUAAGCAAAAUUCAGCAACACCACAGAAAAACGCAGAAAAGGGAUGGUUAUCAAGCAUAUUUAGCCCUCCUUCUGAUCCACCCAGCUCAAACCAAAAUACUAACCGGAACCCUCCAGACCAGAGCCAUGUGUCACCCACCUCACAUUCAGAACACGCGUCAAAUGUGAAAACAGAAACACAUAAUCGGAUGCAGCAGCAACCUCCGAAUCAAAGUUUUUUCUCUGUUUUUUUUAAAGGGAGCUCCCCUGAGGAUUCUUUUCUGAGCUGUACUCAGCCGAAGCAAGUAGGAAUGCUUGAUUCAAAGGUAUCAACGCUGUCGGACAAAAUGUCACAGCAAGGGCCGCGAAACCAACAACUCACCAAAAGUGGUUCAUCCUCAGAAGUAUCUAUUGACGCUCCCCCACAACAGAAAACGGCAACUUCAAAGAUGGGAGGGCUUCUGUCCGGUAUACUGAAGUUUUCAUCAACAGAAAAUGCAUUUUCUUCUGAAGAGAAGCAUCAAGAAAACCUCCCUUGCAAGUACCCGUCCAAGCACAUCACCGCUGGUGAACCUGAGAAAAUGCAGCAUCAGCAAAAGAAAUUAACAGAGUUGCUUCCAUUUGCAUCGGAAGAGAGUGAUUCAAGCACCCAAUCAGUUCAGCAGAAAACCAGUGCUCAUUGUAAUUUGACCCAACUAGACACGCAAAGUCCAAAUCAAGGAACAGACUCCAGGAAUCAAACAGCUGGAUGCAAUACUCAACAGGAAACAAAUAAAUCAAGCUUUUCGCGGCAACAAACAGUUCCUGUUAAGCAACCAUCCUCCAAACAAGCUGGUAUCUUUGCAGGUCUUUUUAAAUUUGCUUCUGCUGAUAGCAUAAACUCCCAACACCCCCCAUCAAUACAACCUCAUGAACAUGUCAAAAACAUAUCAAGCAAUGAGCCAGCUCACUUGGAGAACAUUCAGAGUUCUGAACAAAGUCGACUACAGGAUCACACGACAGAAAAUAGUCAAGCAGGUGGGUCUUUUAGACCAUUAAAGUCCUCCACACAAGAGAAGCUUCAGCAACUAUCAAAACUUCAAGUAAGAGGAAAAUUGAUCAAUGUGGACAAUGCGCAAUGUUAUCAACAAGACACAGCGAAGGCAAAUCAAUCUGGAGGACUCUCCCAUUUUUUUAACAAGUUAUCAAAAUCAUCUAAGGAUGAUGUCACGAUCCCCCAUAUAUCAACAAAGCAACUGUUGUCUCAAAAGGGUCAUAACUAUGCUGGUCAAAAUAACACACCAUUGCAGACACUGCCAGAUUUUACUCAAAAGGCUUCACAAAACCGCUUUGACGACAAGAAGACGACACCACAAACUAACCAACAGAGUGUUCUUUCUGAACUUGAAAAUAAAAAAAUUCUUAUGGACUCUUUUGCCUAUCCACAGCCUGAUAUAUCAGGCCAGAGUGCUGAGGAACUAUAUCCCUCAUCUCGAUUGACAAUGUGUGCUCAGAGAAGUUUGAGUCAAAGUAGUGGUACAAAUUACUUAAUUCCAAGACCAAGUAGACAUGAUUUCAAAAGUGCACCUGUGUCAAUUGAUUCUGAUAGUUUGGACUUAAGAACAUCAACUACUUUUGCAAGAUCACUUCAGAGUCAUGCAACAUACUCAUCAUUCAGUGCUGGUAACUUACCUCAAUUAUAUUGCUCUCCCUCUUCUCAGACAAAUUGCUCACUGAAGACCAUCCAACCAUAUAUUUGUGGAAGCAUGCCCUUGUUGUAUGAAACAACAAGCCAAAACAUUUAUAAUGGUCAACUGUCUCCUUAUCAAACACGUCUCUCUUAUGAUGAAAACCAGUGGAUCCACGGAAGUACAAUAUGGCAGCAGUUUCUGAAUGAAUCUUUGAAUUCUCAAAUGCAAGGAGAGGACUCGGGAUAUUCUCAGAGCAACGAAAAAUUGUCAUUUCAAGCUUUUCCUUGUGGCUAUAGUCCUCCAAAGAUCAAUCAACAACUUACUUCCUCCAUCACCUGGCAAGGUGAUAUUUGUCCUGAGGAUCAAAUAGAGCCAUAUUUUUCCAAUGGAAACAGCAAUGAGGGGUUUUACCCCACAAACGUUUGGAAUAGCCGUGAAGAGUCAGGAAACCUCCAGCAUUCAUCCAGUGAACAGGGAAUAUUGAAUUUAACAACUAAACCUUGUACGGCAACCCUGGGGAAAUGGAAUUCAUGUCAUGACAGUAGCACUUACAGCUUGAAUGGAAUUACGUAUCACGAAGGUUAUUAUGAGGAGACCGCACCAAGCUUGUCUUAUUCUGCGAACUGGCAGCAAGGGAUAGAUAGCAACACGUUCCAGCAAAGUCAACGUCAUUUUAGUCGUUCGAAAUGCUCAAAUGAUGCUUCAAGUUUGAAUCAUGACAUGGACGAUUCUGUAUACCUUGAAGACGCAGAAUGGUAUCAGCAGUGGCUUGCGUUGUUGGAGCAAGGAAUGUGGUGGCCGGCCGAAGAUGGUGACUGUGGAUACUUUGUUUAUACUGAUCAUGAGUACAUUUAUGCCUUGCUCACAGAUUCAGCAGGUGAAUAUGUGUAUGCAUGCGCUCCUGAAGAGAAUACUUCUUCAAACGCUUGCGGUAGCUUUCCCAGUGCUCUGCUUUUCGAUGAAAUGGUUUUGAUCUGA